AUGGCGCAACAAUACUAUAAGAAGAUUUUCAUAACUGUCGGCACAACGAGAUUUGAUUUACUUUGCGAUUAUAUCUUGACCGAACCUGUGCUAGCGGCGUUAAAAAACAUCGGCUGUAAAGAAAUUACGUUUCAAAUUGGCAAUAGCAAUGUAGAACCAGCUAUAUUAGAGAAGGAGAAUGUUAAGAUUAAUAUGUACAGAUUUAAGGACUCGAUUCAAGAGGAUAUUAAGAAUGCUGACUUGGUGAUAAGUCAUGCCGGAGCUGGCAGCUGUCUGGAGGCUUUAGAAGCUAAUAAACCUCUGCUGGUAGUUGUAAAUGAAGACUUAAUGGAUAAUCACCAAUUAGAAUUAGCAGAACAGCUUCAAAUUGACUCUCAUCUAUAUUACUGCACAUGUGAUACAUUAAUAAGUACAUUAAGUAUGGUGGACUUUACUUUGCUCACUCCAUUCACUAAAGCCAAUUCAUCAAUUUUUGUUAAUUACUUAGAUAGUAUAUUUAGAGUUGAGAAUUGA